AUGGAUGAUAUGCUGCAGAUUCUUAGCAGUAUGGAGGUCAGAAAGAAGUUCCGAAGAAUUGUAUCCAAUGUCCUCAGCUCAGAGGAGCCCUCCCAUCUGUGGAAAGGAUUGGCAGAGAAGUUCUUAAAGGGGGAACCGAAAGUCCUUGGUGUUCUGCAGAUUCUAAUUGCCCUAAUGAUCCUCAGCCUGGGAAUAAUAAUAAUGACUCUCAUGGUGCAGUUCUAUGAAUCACACCCUGUUAUGUUUGGACUGGCAUACCCAGCCUGGGGGUCAGUAUUGUUUAUUGUUUCAGGAGCUUUUUCAAUGGCAGCAGGAAUUAGAACUAAUAAAGGACUGGUGCGAAGCAGCAUGGGAUUGAACAUUGCCAGCUCUGUACUGGCUUCAUUAGGGAUCCUAUUCAGUGUAAACAGUUUGAAUAUUUUGUCAUUUGAAUACCCUGUCUGCAGACAUUCCCAUAUUCCAGACACUUGCAUCCUGACUAUGUCCAUUUUAGUGGGUAUGAAUGCUUUGGUGAUCAUUUUAAGUUUGUUUGAGUUCUGCAUUGCUGUGUCCCUUUCUGCCUUUGGAUGCAAAGUGACCUGUUGUCAUCGCAGUGGAGUUAUGGUAAUUAUACCAUCAAAUCCUUCCAUGGCAGAAGCAGCAUCUCCUCCAUCAUUUCAAGGAGGUUUGAUCCCACCAGUGACCCAAGAAAAAAAUGUUCCAGAAAACCUACACUGACUACAUACAGUGCCAGGCCCCACUUGGAAAAUCACCAGGUUGUCCAUACAACAUCUGUGUGCAUAAAUGCAAGAUCUGUUUUUUUUUUCCCCAGGAACUUUACAACUCAUUUCAUUGGUUGUUUAUAAGGAUAUCAGAUGCUGAACAAAUAAAUCAUACAUUUA